AUGGCUUCCCACCCGCCCGCAAAGUGCUGCGCCGCAGGCAGCCUGUUUGAAGGCACGCCGACGGGCCAGCACGCCAGGAUUGACGGCAAAAUCGACGUGUACGUGGCCACGCCCCCCGAGGGCAAGGCCAAGACGGGCUGCGGGAUCCUCUACAUCCCCGACGUCCUGGGCAUCUGGCAGAACAGCCGGCUCAUUGCGGAUCAGUUCGCCCGGCGCGGCUACACCACCGUCGUGCUGGACGUGUUCAACGGCGACCCGGUCAAGCUGGAGCGGCCGGCCGGCUUCGACAUCAUGGCCUGGCUGGCCAGGGGGUCGGACGGGGACAACCCGCACACUGCCGCCUACGUGGACCCCAUCGUCGAGGCGGGCAUCAAGUACGUGAAGCAACUUGGCGUGGAGAAGCUCGGCGCCGUGGGAUACUGCUUCGGCGCAAAGUACGUCGUCCGGCAUUACAAGAGCGGAAUCGCGGCCGGCUACGUCGCCCACCCCUCCUUUGUGGAGGAGGACGAGCUGGCGGCCAUCGAGGGCCCGCUGUCCAUCUCCGCCGCCGAGACCGACACCAUCUUCUCCAGGGAGAAGCGCCACCGGUCCGAGGAGAUCCUCAAGGACACACAGCAGCCGUACCAGAUUGCGCUGUACUCGGGCACGGAGCACGGCUUCGCCGUCAGGGGGGACGUGGGGGUCAAGGCGCAGAGAUUCGCAAAGGAGCAGGCUUUUGAGCAGGCCGUCGCUUGGUUCGACAACUUUCUGGUGGACUAG